AUGGGAGGGUCUGAUCAUCCGUCCAUCUUGGAGGCUAUGGUGAAGGGCCAGAAAGAGAAGCCCGAUGAAUUCCCCAAAAUCAUUACGUGUCCCAACGAGAUGGUAGCCCUGUCCAUGGCCGAUGGCUACGCUCGACUGACUGGCAAACCGCAAUGUGUCAUUGUUCAUGUCGAUGUUGGCACACAAGGACUAGCAGCAGCCGUACAUAAUGCCUCCUGUGGGCGCGCCCCGGUCUUGAUCUUUGCCGGCCUCUCCCCCUUCACCAUCGAAGGGGAGAUGCGUGGCUCUCGCACAGAGUACAUUCACUGGAUUCAAGAUGUUCCGGAUCAGAAGCAGAUUGUUUCUCAAUACUGUCGCUACUCUGGGGAGAUCCGUUCCGGGAAGAAUGUAAAGCAAAUCGUCAAUCGCGCCCUCCAAUUUGCGAUGAGCGAUCCCAAGGGUCCAGUAUACUUGGCUGGUGCUCGCGAGGUAAUGGAGGAGGAGAUCGAGCCAUAUAAAGUCAAUCAAAAUGUCUGGGGUGCUGUCGCACCGUCUGCAUUGCCGGCUGAGGGAGUUGAGUUGAUCGCAUCGGAACUCGCUGCUGCCAAGGAACCUCUGGUGAUUGUGGGUUAUUCCGGUCGUGAGACCAGGGGAGUAGAGGAGCUGGUUAAACUCGCAGACACCUUCAAAGGAAUCCGAGUAUUGGACACUGGUGGAUGUGACAUGUGUUUCCCUGGUGACCACCCAGCGUGGUUGGGGAUGCGAUACGGCAUCCACGAGGCCAUCAAAACGGCGGAUGUCAUCCUUGUUGCCGACUGCGACGUCCCAUGGGUUCCGACCCAGUGCAAGCCGUCUGAUUCAGCUAAGGUCAUCCAUGUGGAUGUUGAUCCACUCAAGCAGCAAAUGCCGGUCUUUUAUCUCCCUUCCAUGGCUACGUAUCGUGCAGAAUCGGCAACGGCAUUUAGACAGAUCAACGAGUACGUUGCCACUAACAGCUCGCUAAAACAGGCGCUGAACUCUGAAGAACAAACAUCUCUUGGUAAGCGCCGCGAGGAGGGAUAUAAGAAGAUCCGACAAGGAAUCACAGACCUUGCUGUUGUACCAUCGGGAGGUGGUAACACGGAUCUUAACGUGUCUUACAUGAUGAGUCAGGUCCGGGAGACUUGCCCAUCAGACACUAUCUGGGCUAUCGAGUCCGUAACCCUCACUCCAUUUGUAGCUGACCAAAUCGCUGCCACUUUGCCCAAGUCAUGGAUCAACUGUGGCGGCGGUGGACUUGGUUGGUCCGGCGGGGGUGCUCUCGGUAUCAAGUUGGCCACCGAUAAUGAAAACGGCGGUAGGAACAAGGGCAAAUUUGUCUGUCAAAUUGUGGGCGACGGCACAUACCUCUUUUCCGUGCCGGGUUCCGUCUACUGGAUCUCAAGACGGUAUAACAUCCCUAUUCUUACUAUCGUCCUGAACAACAAGGGCUGGAACGCUCCCAGGCGGAGUAUGCUUCUCGUUCAUCCCGAAGGCGACGGCUCGCGCGCGACUAACGAGGACCUCAACAUCUCAUUUGCUCCUACCCCUGAUUACCCAGGCAUUGCGAAGGCUGCUGCGGGAGGAGAGCUGUGGGCUGGCACUGCCGCUACUGUUGCAGAUCUUGCCAGGAUGCUGCCCGAGGCUAUUAAAACUGUACAGAAUGGAACCACCGCUGUCUUAGAGGUUCAGUUAGACGGCACAGUUGGCAAACAUGUUAACAAGAACUGA